AGUCUGGGACAAAAAACAGACUAUUUAACGCGACGGAGGAACGAUGAUACCACAGUUGUGAUGCUACCACAGUUGAAUACACAUUGUACAGUACACAGUAUUAUGGUAUGAUAUAUCACAGUAUGAUGUACCAUCGAGAGUCUGUGUUGAUCUGGGAAGACUGUAAGAAAAUAAGUAGCCUAACUCGCCGUUUCCAACAGCGAAGUCGGCGAUCAAAAGAAAAAGAAAAAAAAAAGAGUUCGAUAACAUGAAUCUCAUCAAACGCGUCCUGAUGCUUAUACUAAUUUUUACAAAAUCUCUCACGUUUGUACAAGGCGAACUUAUAACACUUAGUGCAUUAAGUGUGCCAUUAAGUUUUUUAGGUUAUUAUGCGUACGGCAAGUACAAAUGCAUGUACCAGGAAUGCUGCACAGAUGAAUACAUUCCUGCUGACUUGGAUAGAUUAGAAUAUGUACUUACUGCUAAAUUAUACGGGCAACAAAUUGCUCAUGAAACGAUCAUAAAUGCACUUCGGGGCCACUUGGAAAAUCACAAUUCACAUAAGGCGUUGGUCAUGAGUUUUCAUGGCACACCAGGAACAGGCAAGAACUAUGUCGUGCAAAUGAUUGCCAAAGCUUUUUAUAAAAAUGGUAUUCAGAGCAACUAUUUCCAUUUUUUCAAUGGCCGUAAUGAUUUUCCUCUGCAACGAAAAGUAGAUGACUACCAGGAAGAAUUGUAUAAAAUUAUUUUCAAUGGUCUGCAACAGUGUGAAAGAUCGAUGUUUGUGUUCGAUGAGGUGGAUAAAAUGCCAGAGGGUCUACUAAAUGUACUGGUACCAUUUCUAGAUUACAGCAAUUAUCACAAAUCCACUAAAAAUAGCAAUUCCGUAUAUCAGAACAAAGCUAUUUUUAUAUUUCUCUCAAACACUGGCAGUACCAAAAUAGUGCAGCAUCUCAAAAAUCUGUGGGAGAACGGCAGGAAACGGGAGGACACAAAACUACAGGAUUUUGAAACACUCAUAGCUGGUGGAGCGUUCAGUGAGAAGGGCGGUUUCCAUCAUAGCGACACUAUACAGACUAGUGUGAUUGAUCAUUAUGUGCCUUUCCUACCUCUUGAGGAAGUGCAUGUUAGAAAAUGCUUGGUAAAGUCUUUCACAGAUCGAGGUGUCAUUCCGACAGAGGAGAUGUUACAAGAGGCACUGUCGUAUUUAACUUUUGGCCCCGAGCCGUUUAAUCUGUACUCGAUGGCAGGCUGUAAGAGGAUAGAACAGAAAGUUGCUACUAUUGUGUAUCGUAAACAAUCAGACUCCAAAACUAUUGAUUGAAAUAAUUUAAAAUAUUUAAUAAAAUAAUUUAAAAUUUUUAAUAAAAGUAAUAAUACUGAUGAGAUAUUGUGUAAGUAUUU